AAUUUCUAUGCUAAAUUCAAACACAAACCGGAAAAGCAACACCCAAAAACUGAAGCUCACCACAAGUAUAAACUUUGAUCUUAAAUAGUUAACCACAAUGAGUAUCAAUGAAGCAGAUGGGGACAAAACGUGCGAAUGCUCCUGUGGGAGCCUGUGUUUUGAAAGCGAUACGGAUCAGGAUAUCAAGACGGAUGAGCACAAGAAGCAUAAGAAUAAGAAGGAUAAGAACGAUGAGAACAUGGAAAAGGGACGUCAAUACACCUGGUUUAAUGAAAACGGACGACUGAUGAGUCGCAAGCUAACGAAUUACGAGAGUCAUCUGGAGGACGAAGUCCAGAAAUUGCAGGAUGCACUAUUUUCAAUCUCCUCCCACUAUGCAAAGAUACAAUUUCGAUUACGUCAAAUUGCCGGCGCCUCAGGAAAUGAGCGUUUGUGCCUCCUUCGGGAGCUUCAGAGGAUUACAUGCCAGGGCAUAGAUUCCAGUCGGAAUAAUGAUGAGCUACCCACAUUGAUGAGCGAUGCUUACAGCAUGGGAGAUGUUCGCGCUCGACAGCAGAAGAUCCUUACACAGCUGAGGAAACGCCUCUCAGAUCUAGCUGAGGUGACCGAUUCUGGUUUCUGCAUUGAAUCGGAAAGCAGCUACAAUUUUCGGAAAUACGAAAGAUCUUAUGGCACAACUCCGUGUGAGAUAACCUCAGACGGUACUGUGGAGCACGGCAAGUACUGCCCUUGCAUUAUGUGCAGAGAAGAAUUCUGCAGAGAAUCGGCUUGCAAGCGAGGCUACCUGGCCGAAACGUGGCCUAAGCUAUGCUGCAGUGAAGAUGAACACCGUGAAUGUCAAUCUAAAACAAAGUCAAAAUCUAAGAAAAAGCGACAAAAGCAAAAGUCGAGGAAAUUGGAUAAAAUAUCACCCAGAAGAUCUUCCCGCCGUGGUAGUCUUAAUCGAUAUUAUCGUAUGCCGAGUGAAGGAAACCGUCAGGACUCUCCGAAUGCAGGGAAAAAUUCCAUUUCCAAAAGUCAACGAGCAACUCUUACAAGUAUCAAUAGUGGAGGAAUACGUGGCAGUUCCAUAAGAGGAAAACCUCCAGGUAGCAGACACCAAUCAGAAACAGCUUUGAUUAGUCAACUCAGCGGAAAAAGUCUUUCUCAAAGUGUGGGAAAACGUUCCAGCCAAAGAAGUUCCAGUCAAAGGGGCCCGCAGGGAUCUGUGAAUCGUAUCUCCAUUGGGGAAAAAGGUUCGGGUCAUAGAAGCCGGCAGGCAUCUCCGAAUGAAACUUCUGGUGUGGGAAGUAGUCCCAGUCAAAGAAGCACGCUGGCAUCUCCUAGUAGUAGCCCUAGUUUGGGAAAGAAUUCCAAGAAAAGAAGCCAGCAGGAAUCUAUCAGUAGUUCAACUAGUGGAGGGAAAAGUCUUGGUCGAAAAAGCCCACUGCUUUCGAUCUCUGCCAGACGUAAUAAUAUCGAUGGAAGCUUACCUUUUCUUAAGAGAACAUCUUUAGAAAGUCUAGGCAAUCAAGAAAGCAAAAGACAAAGUAAACUGAGAACAAGCAAAGCAAGCUUAGACAGCAAACGCAGUUUGAUGAGUGCACGAAAAUCAAAUCCAGACAAACGUCAGUGUGGAAAGAAAACUAUGCUAAGCAAACUUUCGUGCAAAUUGACACGGAGGUGCAGUAAGAAAGCAUCAAUUUCAAAAAAGAAACCGAGCUAUUUAGAAAAUAAAGAUGAGGAUCAAAAUGAGGAGAGACAAAGUGUCAGUGCAAAUAAGAGAGAUGAAUCUCCAAGCUUUAGAGAAGAUAUAGAAGAUGAUCAACAAUAUGAAGGCAAAAUACAUAAAGGAUCAAUUCUUCGCAAACUUGAAGGCGAUGCGAAUGAAGAUAAAUCAGAAAAUAGAACGUCUAGAAAUCAAGAAGAUAUUGAUGAACAUCAAUAUGCAAAUGAGGAUAGUCAGUCAUUGAGAUCGUAUGCGUGGAAACAACCUCUCGUUGUUUAUUCAACUAACGAGGAGAAUCGUCACUACUGCAAGAAAAGUUGUAGGGGAAAAUGUGCCAAAUCUGGACAAUGUGGGAGAAUUCACGACUGUUUAAAAAAGUUUGAGGCAAUAACGUCUAAAAAGAGUAAUGCAAUCUUAAAAAUGUGUAGUGCUCUGGGAUUUUCCCAGAUGCAUACGCCUCAUCGAAUUAGUUCUCGAAGCUAUCAGGAACUUAAUCAAUAUCGUGUAGAGGCCCAUAGAAAUAGAAGAAAGCAAAACAUAUCUAGGGACACAUUAGACGAAGAUCAAUUUCACUAUGAGAGCCAGGAAAGUAGAAUAUCUAUCAAAAGAGGACAAAGAUCAGUACGAAGUAGUCCGGAGAAUGAAUACGAUAAAGAUCGAGGAGAGAGUACAAGAAGUAGAAAAGUAAGCAAGAAAGGAAGAGCACAAAGCAUUGCUGAAAAAGAACUAGACGAAGAUCAAGACCAAGAUAAAAGUAAAAGAAGUAGCACAGCUAGCAAAAAAGGAAAUAGAUCUAUACAAAGAAGUCCCCAAGAUGAAUACGAUCAAAGUCAAAUAAAGAGUGAAAGAAUGAGCGCUGCCAGCAAUAGAGAACAAAGAACAAUACGAAAAAAUCCUAAAGAAGAAUACGAUAAAGAUCAAGGAGAAAGCACAAGAAGUAGCAAGGUAAGCAAGAAUGAAAGACGACAUAAUAUUCCUGAGGAAGAAUUGAACGAAGAUUUAGACCCAGAAAAUAGUAAAAGAAAUAGUACAGCCAGCAAAAGAACUCAAAGAUCUUUACGGAGGAGCUCUCAAGAUAAAGAUCGAGAAGGAAGUACAAGAAGUAGCAAGGUAAGCAAUUAUAGAAGAAGACAAAACGUUUUUGAUGAAUAUGCAGAAGAAGACAAGAGCAAAAGAAAUAGUACAUCCAGCAAAAGAACUCAAAGAUCUGUGCAAAGAAGUUCUCAAGAAGAAUACGAUCAAGAUCGAGAAGAGAGUGCAAGAGCUAGCAAAGCAAGAAAAAAUGGAAGAAGUCAAAACAUUUCUGAUGAAGAACUGGAUGAAGAUCAAGACAAAGACAAGAGUAAAAGGAAUAGUACAUCCAGCAGAAAAACUCAAAGAUCUGUACGGAGCAUUUCUCAAGAAGAAUAUGAUAAGGAUCGCAAAGAAAGUACAAGAAGUAGCAAGGUCAGCAAGAAUCGAAGAGGACAAAGUAUUCCUGAGGAAGAAUUGAACCCAGAUCGACUUCAAGAAAAUAUUAAAAGAAUUAGUACAGCUAGCAGAAGAGAUCAAAGUUCUGUGCGAAGAAGUUCUCAAGAAGAAUUCGAUCUAGAUCGACAGGAAAGUUCAAGAAGUAGCAGGGUAAGCAAGCAUAGAAGAGAUCAAAACAUUUCUGAUGAAGAACUGGACUCAGAUCAAGACAAAGAAAAGAGUAAAAGAAAUAGUACAGCCAGCAAAACAACUCAACGAUCUGUACGGAGAAGUUCUCAAGAAGAUUACGCUAAGGAUCAAGAAGAGAGUGCAAGAAGUAGCAAGGUAAGCAAAUAUGAAAGAAGACAAAACAUUUCUGUUAAACAACUGGAUGAAGAUCAGGACGUUGACAAGAGUAAAAGAAGUAGUGCAUCCAGCAGAAGAACUCAAAGAUCUGUACGGAGCAGUUCUCAAGAAGAAUACGGUCAAGAUCGAGCAGAGAGUACAAGAAGCAGCAAUGUAAGCAGGAAUGAAAUGGGACAAAGCAUUUCUGAAGAAGAAUCGGACGAAAAUCGAGACCAAGAAUAUACUGAAAGAAGUAGCAAUCCAGUUAAAAGUGGUUGGCGAGAAAGCAUUCGUCUUGAUGAAAUAGAUCUAAAUCGAGAAGAGAUGAGAAGGAGUAGCAAGUCUUUCAAUAAAACUAGGGGAUUACUACAUAGCCGUCUUAUUAACUCGCUAAGUAAUACACCGAAAGAUCCAAUUCAGAACAAAACGGAAUGCCUUACUCCAGCACCAUCUGCGAUUUUCACACGCUCCAUGGUAGAAAUGACGACAAAUAUUGAAAGAGAUAAUACCAAUCGGACAAACACGAUUAAGAAGAUAAGUCAACGUCGAGAAACUAAGAAAAAUUGUACUAAAACUGUGAAUUUCGAGAAAUGCCCAUGCCCAUGUAAAAACCAAGAAAAGAAAACUGAAAAAAAAUUCUUCAGUUUUUCUUUUGAAGCUCGGCAAUGUAAAUUGGCGAAACCACAAGAAAAUACCAGUACUAAAAAUCAGACAUGUGAUUCGAAAUGUCAUUGCGUUAAGCCUCAGUGUGGUCAUCACCAGUUACUGCGUCCAUUCUCCCAUCAUUCCAUGUUGGAGUUGCCCUUACUAUAUCCACGGGCCAUCGGCAAGCCCAGAAAGAUGACCAAAUGUGAACGAAAAGAUUGUAAGGAUGCCAGCUGGAAAGGUCGAAAAUAUUUUGAAGAAUUGAGCAAACAAGUUAACAACCCCUACAUACUGAAAGCCCAUGAGACUCAGACGCCAACUACGAGUACUAAACAAUCGAAAUUUGCAGAAAAACCGUCAGCUUAUAAAGAUCCAAUGGAGGAUGACGUAUACACUGACUGUUAGACUGCAAAUCAAACGAAUAAAAAACCAAGAUUCACAAUUUUAGGUUAGCCUAAAGCACACACAAAAUACGUAGGUAGAACUCUACCUAUUUGACGAGUGUCUUGGGUUAGUUUAGGAUUAAAAUUUCUUUGGUUUUCCCAUUUGUCCUGGAGAGCUACGGCAA